CCGCCGCCGCCGCCUCCCUCCCCUCCCCUCUCCCGUCUCGCCGCCGCCAGAGGCGCCGCCGGCGAAGCCGGACUGGCUCCAGUGACGGCGGCGGCGGGGCAUUUCCCCUGCUCGCUCCUUCUGCGCGCGCCCGCCUCGGCCUUGGGGCUCGCCGUCAAAGGAUGCUCGGGCCAGGGCUGCUUCGGUCCUUGGUGUGCGACCGUCGCGCCGGUGCUACGUUGUAGUAUUGCGGCGCGGUGGGCAGGAGGAGGUGGUCGUGGGCGGCUUGGGCCAGAUCUGGGCUCGAGCGCGCCAGUCAUGGUGGCGGCCUGGGAUCUGGCCGCGGUGGUCCGGGCGGUCUGGUGCCCGGCGGUGGUGGCGUGUCAACGUGGGGGCGGCGCGGAGUUGUGCUGGUGGACGCGCGGUGGCGGCUCGGGCCGGCCAGAUCUGGCUCGUUCGGGCCGCAACGUUGAGGGGCCCGGUCUGGGCACUCUGUGUCCGGACGCUGGGUUCUCGGAUGGUGCAGCGGCGUCGCCAUUCAUGCUCCGGCCAAGAUGGAAGGAGCGGCAGGCUCCAGAUCCGGUGGUGGGUGCGCCCGGGGCGAGGUCCCUGGCGUAGGCGCACAUUUCUCCGGACGAAAGUCUGGCAAUUAGCCGGUGAUGGCAACACCUGUGGAUGUUGCUUCCUUGUUGAAGGCAUCACCAAGGAGUUUUUGCAUCUACCCUACUCGAGUUCGGUCUCCGGGUGAAAACCCAGAUCCGCUUGUCGGAUCGGCGAUGACGGCGCUCUUGGCGUCGUUUCUUCGAUGGAAGCAUCGUUUUGGAGAUUUGACCUCUUGGCAGGAGCACCUUGUCUGUGGUUGAGUGGUUGGCCGGGAGCUUCCAAUGCUGCGAUGUCCGUGGUGGUGCACCAGGUUGUGGCCAGCUCUUGGCUGGCGGUGUUGCGCCUUUGGAGCACUCUUGACAUGCAGGCAGCGGCAGACAAGUCAGGUUGGCCGUCCUCGCGGGAUCGGAGCGGCACAUGCCCGCUUCUCUUCGGAUAUGUCUUCUCUAUCCGAUGUCGACAAGGUCCUCCAACAUGCUUGUGACGGUCAUGAUCAUUACGACGAACUGGCCUCUUGGGUGAAGUCGAAGUUGCUGGGCCGUGAGUGCGGACGGUGAUAUACGAUGACACCGAUGGCGUUGUGCCUUUCGUUUUGUGUUGUGUUGGCUCAGCCUUUUGACGCUUUUGUAUGUCUUGUGUGCUUUAGACCUAGUUUAGCUAGGUGUUGUGGAUGGUUGUGUCCUCUGUACAUGUUUUCGCCCGGUUUCCCUUGAUAAACCGAGCAGUCUCAGCCAUGGGCUUCUUCUUCUGCAAUGGAAUCUUAGCAGUUUUCCUGCUAACUUUCAAAAAAAAAAAUGUCGAUCUGCCUUGCUCUACAUGGCAGCUGAAAAA